CCAAAUUGCAUCUUCUGAAGCUUAGCCUUACAAUCCUUGCCUUUCUCUCUCUUUCUUUCUCACCGUCCAAUCAUCCCAAGAGAGAAAACAUUAUAGCCUGCUUAGUAAAACCUUUGUAUUUUCAUGGUGGAUAGAAGUUUUCCACCACUUGUUUGAGAGACCCCAGAAAAACAGUCUUGUUGUAGGAGACCAGAAUUAUGCCAUGGAGGCCCUCAAUGCGGCAGGCUUGACACCCAUAUCAGCAGUGCUUUCUGACAGAAAACAAGAGCCAAGAAAAUCCUCAGCAGUUUAUCCAAAGUUAUCAAACUCUUCUAGAAAGAUCCAAGGGGGUUUAGUUCUGUUAUCUUCAGUUCUCAACACUGGUCUUGCCAAAGCAUUGACUUAUGAGGAAGCACUACAACAGUCUGUGGGGAGCUCCUUGGAUGGGGGCUUGGACGUCAAUGGGGUUCUAAAUAGCGCCAUCGGCUUUGCCUCGGAGAAUCCUGUCGUUUUAGCCGGCGGGGCCGCCGUUUUGGCUGUUCCGUUGAUUGUGUCUCAGCUUCUGAAGAAUCCUAAGCCUUGGGGAGUUGAGUCUGCAAGGAAUGCUUAUGCAAGACUUGGUGAGGAUUCCAGUAUUCAGUUGCUUGAUAUAAGACCGAGUGUUGAGUUUAGGCAAGUGGGUAGUCCUGACAUCCGGGGCUUGGGAAAGAAGCCCGUGUCUAUUGUCUACAAAGGUGAAGAUAAGCCGGGUUUCUUAAAGAAGCUUUCUUUCAAGUUCAAGGCACCAGAAAAUACCACAUUGUUCAUCCUUGACAAAUUUGGUGGGAACUCUGAACUGGUUGCUGAGUUGGUCACUGUAAAUGGAUUCAAAGCUGCUUAUGCUAUAAAGGACGGAGCGGAAGGACCACGAGGAUGGAAGAAUAGCAGUCUUCCAUGGAUACCGCCAAAGAAAGCACUGAGUUUGGACCUUAGCGAUUUGACAGACGCUUUUAGUGAUGUAAUCGGAGAGGGCUCAGGUGGUUUGUCUCUCCCUCUUGGCAUUGCUGCAGCAGCUGGGUUGGGUUUAUUGGCAUUUCAAGAGGUAGAAACAAUACUCCAAGUUUUAGGAUCAGCUGCAGUUGUUCAAUUUGUGAGCAAGAAAUUCCUAUUUGCCGAGGAUAGGAAAGAAACUCUGAAACAAUUUGAUGAGUUCUUGACCACCAAGGUUGCCCCUCAAGAGCUCGUUGAUGAUGUAAAGCAAAUUGGAAUAGCCAUUCUACCAACAACAGGGACCAGCAAGGCUCUUCCUACACCGACGGAAGCAAACCCAAGUCCAGCCACCGCAGAUAGUACUGUUCAGAAAGCAGAAACUAUUCCUGAGCCAAAAGUAGAAGCAACUGCAGAACCAACACAAGAAAUAAAUUCAGUACCCCAAACGGAAAAUAAAGCAGAAUCUCUUCCUACAGUCUCACAAUAUCUUUCACCGUACCCGGCAUAUCCAGAUUUUAAGCCACCAACAUCUCCUACACCAUCACAGCCCUAGAAUUCAAACUGAGAUGAGAUCUUCAAGAGUAUUUCAAUGGUUUGGCUGGGAAUUUUUCAGAGCUGCACAACAUGAUAUAUUAUGCACUUAAUGGUCCUAUUAUAUGAAAUUUGCAAGCUCACUUUUGUGCCUUCAUCUGUUGAAUAAGAAUUUGCUCUGUCAUGAGUAGGAUAAUUCACAUUUUGUCUUUUCUUGUCUGUUAGGCUACUUUUAUGUGUUAUCUAUGUUGUGUCUUGUAGAUCCUAUUGAUGUAUUAGCUUUGUUUGAUUUAGUAUUGGUACUUUUUUUUUCCUUGAGAGUUUUGAACAAAGGGAAAGAAAUAAUUUAGCUGGUGUAUUGCUGAACAUGCAAAUCUUGACCGAAGAACA